AUGGCUUUCAAGGUUGUUCUCUGCGUUGUUUUGCUGGCGAUGAUCGCCGGCGGUGAGGCAAAGCCGGGCGGUCCAGCUGCGUAUUCGAUCAGUGCCCCCAGCGUGGACCACGCCUCCGUCGGCAGCAGCCAGGAGCACACGGUCAAAGGUCACUACGGCCAGUCCUCGCAAUCGGACUACGCCAGCCAGGUCCAAACAGCCCACUCGCAGUCGCACGUUCAGCGAUCGAGCAUCAGCAACGAUGCCGGAUUGGCGCCAGUCGCCGCUCAUGGAUACGCAGCUGCUCCGGCCCACGCGAUUGCCACGCCCACUUACUCGCUGGGUUACACCGGCCACUCGGCGCCCGCCCAAAUCCAGGGCGUGGCCUACGGCGGACACUAUGCGGCCACGGCUCCGGCUGUCCAGAUUUCCGGACUGGGACACCUGGGGCACUCGCUUGGACACUCGAUUGGCAUUGGCCACUCCUUGGGAUUGGGUGGAUACGGGGGCUAUGGAUACGGCGGAUACGGCGGAUAUGGAUCCUAUAGUGCUGCUCCGGCAAUUUCCCAUGGAUAUCUGGCUCAUGCUCCCAUCGCCGCUGCUCCGGUUUUGAAGUACGCCGCUGCUCCUUCGUACGCUCCUGGUAUCAUUGGACACGGCAUUGGACUGGCCGCCCCCGCCUACGCCGCUCCUGCCUACGCUACGCAUCUGGCCGCUCCCGUAGUGAAGGCUGCCGUCGCCGCUCCCGCCCUCGUUCAUACAUCGGUCUCGGGCCAUGGCAUUCACUAUGGCUACUAG